CGGAGGACGAAGGAACCAGACCAGACCUUUUUCCUUUCUGGACACAGUAAUCCAGCCCAACGUGUAAGAAAUGUGCGAAUUUGAGAAGCAGAAGGGCCCCCGGCGUCUGAUGAAGAAGGGCAUCACGCUGAUAUUUCUGGGACACAUUAACUUCAUCCUGGGGGCCAUCGUACACGGCAGUGUCCUCAGACACGUGUCCAAGCCGGACGGCCGCGUCACCUCCGAGUUCUCAGUGGCCAACGUCAUCUCGGUGACGUCAGGACUGCUGAGUAUUGCAAAUGGCAUAAUUGCAAUUCUGGUGUCAAGAAAUCUUCUCAGUGCUAAACUGCACGUGGGCCUGCUGAUCAGCUCCUUCCUGAACGCCCUGCUCUCGGCCGCAUGCGCGGCGGGGCUGCUUCUGGCCAUCAGCCUCACUAUCCGCAGCGGAGGACAGGGCCUCAUGGAGGGCUGCAACUCCACCGUAACCCCUGCCGGGGCCCGUUCGCUCAUCGCAGCCGACUGCCCUUUCGACACCACCCGCAUCUAUGACACAACCCUGGCCAUGUGGUUCCCCUGCACGGCGAUGGCGGCUGUCGAGUCGGGUCUGUCCGUGUGGUGCUUCGUCGUCGGACUGACCCUGCGAGGCCUGGGUCCCUGCGGUCACAGUUACCUCAGAGAGCAGCUUGCGGAGGGGGACCUGGCUGAGAGACUAGGGGCCGACGUGGAGUCCUCAGCUCAGGGCCAGCAGCUCAUUGCACACCACUCUGCUCUGAUGUAACCAACAGCUUGGGAGUGCAAGGUGGUUUUAAAUCAGAAAAUGUAAGUAAAAGGCAAGGUGAUGGAUUGUGACCAAAUGGCAGACUGAAGCUACAUGAAGAAUAACUUAGCAUAUCCAAAAAGAGAGAAACUGUUCUCUUCUGCAAUUUAGGACGUAGUGCUGUCAGCUUGUACCAAAGAGAACUUUGCUAAAUGUGGCGUUCAAUACCUCUGACAAAUGUACACUCCUGACCACAUGAAGGAACUGUGCAAACUGUGUGUGAUGCUUCUUCUCUGUUGUCCAAAGGACCAUUUUCAUACCUUUGUUUGCAGAUUUUAUUUUUGUGAAUGUUUGUCAGGCAUGGCAAAAACAUGUGCUAGUUAUACCUUUCCAUACUGACACAUUUGGUAAUGUUUAAGACAUGAGUCAGUUCAUUCCUUUUAAAACAGUCAUUUUGAUGUUUGCCAUGCCCAACUUGAACUGACAGUUUUGGAUUUUAAAUACUUUGGUCUGAGACUUAAUUUAUAGUAUUAUUUCGAUUCCAAAAAAAGUGUUAUGAUUCUGAGCAUACAGGAGCAUUCAGGGUACCUGUUCAUACUGCCUGUCUGAGUGCAGACCCUAUGGGAAUGAAGCCACCCCCACAUUUCAGGAGCUAUUGGAUACUGGAAUUUUCAGUGACAUUUUAUUUACAAGAGAUCAUAUCGCGUUAAAUGACGACUUUAAGCCUACAAUUAAGGGCAGAUGCAUACCACUACCACUUGCAUGUUGAUUGUUUUAAUAGUGUCUUUGUAUAUCUUUGCUGUUGAUUCCACCUGAAAAGUUCUAGUGUGUCUUUUCCCACAUGGUGAGUUCAGGUGGGAAUCCUUCCUUGCUUUUUAACUUGAGGUUUUCAUUGAGGCACAAGAACAUCAGCAGCCUUGCAAAACUGCUGCCCACUUUUUACACAGAGCAUCAGUUCACUGUAUUUCAUUUUAAUCUGCAGUCCAUCCAAGUGCUUUAGCCUGGUGUAUGAGGCUAUAUAUCCAAGGCCAGCUGUGGAAGGGUUAAUCUACAGCUGGAUUUUUGGUGCUGUUGAAUUCAGUUUCCUCAGCAAAGGGAUAAAAAACAAAAUGGUGAUAUUGAUGUUAAUGGAUAAUUCUGUUAUUUAACCUUAUAUGGCAUAGUGGAUUAACAGAAUUUAGCUCUCAUGAAUCAAAAUGCAUUUGAAGGAUCCUGUACAUUUGCAUGAUUUGAUUUUAUGCCACUUGAAAUGACAGCUGUUUGUACUUUUAUUAAAG